AUGCUGGUCCUCCCAGCAAGCUUACCUGAUCUCCCGACGGUAGUCCUCUACUGGACCAUCAUUGGGCUUCUAUUGAGGACGCUAUUUAUCUACUUUCGGGAUGCGCGCAACCGUAAAGUCCACGGGUGUGAACCCAUCGCCAAGCGUCACCAGUUGCCGCUUUGGGGACUCGAUGUGGCUCUUAGCCAGUUUCUCGCCUUGCGCGGUCACUACUUCAUCCCGUGGCUCGCCAAAAUGCAUAUCAAUAUGCCCAAAACCUUCAGCUUCACCUUUCUAGGAACGCGUCAAAUCUAUACUAUCGAGCCGGAGAAUCUCAAGGCGCUGACAGCUAUCAAUUGGAAGGACUUUGGUAUCAGUCCGAUUCGACGCAACUCUAAGGCCUCGAUGCCUUUUGCUGACAAGGGCGUCAAUACCGUCGACGGUGAGGACUGGGUCUUCAGCCGUUUUCUGAUCAAACCAUUCUUCGAUCGGAAGGUCUACACCAGCACAGACCGCAUCGCUCCCUUUGUGGAUCACUUCCUUCACCUCUUGCCUGAUGAUGGCAAGGCAUUCGAUAUCCAGCCUCACUUACAGCGUUGGUUUUUGGAUGUCACUACAAAGUUCAUAUUUGGCGAAGCCAUGGAUGCUAUGUCGCACCCCGAGCGGGCGAACAUCACUUGGGCCAUGCUAGACAUUCUACGUGGUGGGCGACUGCGAAUUCAGAUAUGGAGAUGCAUGUGGCUGCUCCGCUGGGGGUGGUGGUAUGAUGCUAUUACCAUUGUCCACGACUUCAUGAACGGGCACAUCCGUCAAGCGUACAGUGAGGUUCAAGAGCGAGAAGCCCAUAUUAACGCCAGCUUGGAAGUUGGACCUGAGCGUCAAGACCUUCUGUGGUACAUGGCCUCGAACUGUCGCGACGAAGAGGAGCUGCGGUCACAAUUGUGCCUGCUCUUUGUGCCGAAUAAUGAUACGACAUCUAUCUUCAUCAGUAAUUGCGUGUGGCAUCUCGCGCGCAAUCUGGACGCAUGGGAUAAGUGCCGUGAAGAGAUCGCAGCCCAUGGGGAUGCGCCUCUUACCUUCGGAGCUCUGCGCGGAUUGAAGUACAUCAACGGUGUUCUGAAUGAAACCCACCGUUUGAAUCCCAACAAUGUCAUCCAAGUGCGGCAGUGCCUAAACGACACCAUCCUCCCCGUAGGCGGGGGACAGGAUGGUAAAUCGCCGAUUUACGUACGCAAGGGAGAUAUUGUGCAGGUUACCAAGACGGUUUUGCACCGCGAUAAAGACUUUUGGGGGUCAGACGCUGAUGAAUUCCGCCCCGAGAGGUGGAUGGAUGAUGGGCUACGUCCGUUCUGGAACUUCGUCCCCUUUGGGGGCGGACCCCGACGUUGUCCUGCGCAAUGGAUGGUCACCACCGAGGCUUCGUACAUGUUGGCUCGCUUGGCGCAGGUCUAUCGACGUAUUGAACCUCGGGAUCCGGCUCCCUACACUGCAGUUAUGCGAAUUGGGCCUUCCAACAAGACUGGAGUUCAGGUAGCGCUUUAUAAAUGA